AUGUUUUUGGACAAUUUCGCUCCCGAGAUUCUCAAGGCGUAUUUUGAACAAAUCCAGCUGUGGAUCGAGAAACGUACUUGGCUUGGAAGAGCGUCGCUCUAUAAUAUUCUGUCUUUCUUUGAAGAGUGUGUUGGUAUUAAGAGCACGUGGUUGCUUCUCAAACCGCAUUCCGAGGUGCUGAUUUCCCACGUCGUGUUCCCAUUAUUGUGUCCUAGUGACGCUGAUUUAGAGACUUUCGAGGAGGAGCCUGAGGAGUACAUUCACGAGCGCAUUGACAUUUUUGAGGAGUCACCUACAGCCGAUGUGGCCGCCACUAAUUUCUUGCUGAAAUUGGUGCGAAAGAGACGGAAGACAGUUUUCACGCCUACCCUGCAGUUUAUUCAAACAGUGGUUGCAAGCCAUAUUGCCAACCAGGGAGAUUUGGAGCUCAGUCGUAAGAAGGAGGGUGCUCUGAGGAUGCUCGGAGCCAUCUCGUAUAUUGUGUUGAGCAAACAGAGUCCUAUUGUUGAUCAAAUGGAGUCUUUCUUGGUGCAGUAUGUGUUCCCAGAUUUCCACAGUGCUUAUGGAUUCUUACGAGCCCGUGCUUGCGAGUUCCUCAACAGAUAUGCUGAUACUGCAUUUUCCAACGAGGAGAAUGUGUCGGUCGCUUACCAGAGUGUUUUGAAGUGCAUGACUGACGAGCAUUUGCCAGUCCAAGUAGAGGCAGCUCUGGCAUUACAGCCUAUGAUCCGUCAUGAGAACGUGCGUGCUGCGUUGUCGACUCGAAUUCCAGAAGUCAUGCAACUUCUGCUCGAUUUGGCUAAUAAAAUCGAUAUUGAUGCAUUGUCGGGAGUCAUGGAGGAGUUUGUCGAGGUGUUUUCUGAACAACUAACGCCGUUUUCCGUUCAACUGGCUACUCAAUUGAGAGAUCAGUUCAUGAGAAUUGCCGGUGAAUUGCUUGAAAAGUACAAUGCUGGUCCUGAGGAUGUCAGUAACCUCGACGAUGUGGCCAGUGAGGAAAAGACCAUGGCUGCUUUGGGUAUCCUCAAUACCCUGACCAGUCUUUUGCUGGCUCUUGACAAUGCCAGUGACAUUGUUCUGAAACUCGAGGACGUUUUUAUGCCUAUUUUUGCUGCAGUUCUCGGUAAUGAACUGUCAGAAUUCUACAAUGAGAUCUGGAGUUUGGCUGAAAACAUUACUUUCACAAUCAAGACCAUUUCUCCCAACAUGUGGCAGGUUUACAAGCUUGUUCACAAGUCACUGCGUGAUUUCGGUUUUGAUUAUAUUGAAGACGCUCUGCCCUGUUUGAGCAACUACAUUCAGUACGGAGCUGAGGCACUGGUUGCCGAUGGCGAGAACUUGGGUCUUAUGUAUGAAGUUAUCGAGCAAGUCAUGGUCGACACCGAGUCGCUUGGAGCUACCGAUCGUACUGUUGCUUGUAACCUGACUAUUCGACUUCUGACGGCUGUCAGAGGACAGAUUGAUGCAUAUGUUCCUCGAUUCCUGGAGUUGGUGGUGUCCCGUUUACAAUCCAACGAGCCCGCAUUAAAGAACAUUGCUUAUAAGGUGCAUUUGCUGGAGGUUGUGAUUGCAUCUUUGUACUAUAAUGCCCAAGCAACACUUGUAUUCCUCGAGUCCAAGGGAUUUACCCAAGGUUUUUUCACCCUGUGGUUUGAAAGUAUGGAGAGUUUCUCGCGUGUCCAGGACAAGAAGGUGUCGAUUCUAGCUCUGUUGGCGAUUUUCGCUCUUCCUGAUGAGCAAAUUCCCGCUGCUAUUCAUGGCAACCUGUCUCAGUUGAGUAAAGGACUCGUUAGCAUUGUCGCCACGUUACCAGCAGCUGUGGAAAAUAAAGAGAAACUUGCUAAGGAAUAUGAUUCCAUAGACGCAUAUGAUGAUUUCUCUGACGGUGCAUAUGAGGACGAAGAGUGGGGUGGUGACGACGACGAGCUUGCACAGGGUCAUGAGGAUGCCGAUGGUAAUGUUGACGAUGUCGAGGAUGCUGAAUAUGUCAGCUACCUUGAAUCUGAACUCGCUGCUAAACACGAUGACUCGGAUUUCUUUGAAAAGGGCAACGAGCUGGAAGAGGAGCUGUUUGAAGAAACCCCUCUUGAUCCCGUAAACGCAUAUGUCGCAUUCCGCGACACUCUUUUGGCACUCAACCAGAACAACCAACCACGCUACCAACUGCUCACCAACGAAUACAACGAGCAAGACAAGGCUGUUGUUGACAAGACCUUUGAACUUGCCAGCAGAACUGAGAACAAGCUCAACCAGCAACCCAAACAUUAG